GAGUUGCAGCAGCCAUGGAUGUCCAAAAGUUAAUUACACAACAGGCUGCAGACAUGAGGCGCUAAAAAAGGUUUUUUUUUGGAUGUUACUGAUGCUGCAGCCAUGUCGUCAGUCUCCGAACAACAAAAGUCUGGUCAAUCACCACUAUGUGCCCUUUGGUCUGCGGACCUCAAGUUAACUCACUUGGACUGGAACCCUGAAGCAACCCUGAUACACUUCCAGGGACAUUACCUUUCCAUAUGUGAUCUUGACUACAACAUCUUGCAAGGGGAAAUACAGAACACACCAAAGACUCAAGCUUCAGUGGCUAUCGGAGAGUUUUGCCUCGUGGAAGAUUUGACUUCAGGCCGCUGCUACAGAGGAAGAGUUCAGAACCGAAAAGAAGACUUAUUUGAUGUUUUCCUCAUAGAUCUUGGUAAUGUCUUGAGUGUUGACAAAGCCCUCAUAUAUUCCUGCUCAAACGACCUUUUCAGCCUGCCUCCCAAGAUAGUUUGCGGCUUUCUUGCAAAUGUACUAUUACCGCAGGGAUGUUCUCAUUCUGUAGUGGAUGCAUACUUCACAAACCUAAUUGGAAGAAAUGUCACAGGUUACAUUAAAGCCUUUUUGCCAAACAAAGUGCUCCUAUUGGAAGCCCCGGAAAUUAACAAUGAUCUUGUAAGACAUGGGUUCGGAAGACAUGUGGACACAGAUACCUUCUUUCUCUUGGUUGGUAUGCUCACAGAGGUGCCACUCAAGCAAAGCACAGAGCAAGUUCCUGACUUACUCAUUGAAAAGCCAAUGGCACAAGAAUUCUGCUUCAAACGGUCUGGUUUGCAGGGAUACGAAGAGAUUCUGUCUCUCUGUGGGCCUAGAUUGAGUUGUGGGACCCGUGCUAAAGUGCGUGUAACUGCUGCUGUUAACCCUGAGCUGUUUUACUGUCAGAUGACCAGUGUGGACACAGAUCUUUGGGAAAUGUCAAAGAAGCUGGCUGAAGUUAAUGAGUACCAAACCAUAGAGCACAAUCAGAAGACUCCAGGAAACCUUGGUUUGUUGUGUUCAGUAAAAGGCAAAGAUGAGAAAUGGUACAGAGGCCUUGUGCAGUUUCUUCCAGUCAACUCUCAAGUUCGAGUUUUGUACAUUGACUACGGAUUCUUUGAAUCUGUCAAAGUUGAAAACGUCUACAGGUUGCCACCUGAAUUAUUUUCAACACCCAUCAUGUCAUUCCCAUGCUCGCUCUUCUCCCUGGGUGAGGAGGUUGAAGCGGUGAAAACUCAGCAGUUGAGUUUUCUAAAGGCAGGCUUGCUUGGCAAAGUGUUAGAUGUGGAGAUCAAACGUUUUGAGGAAGAACAGCACCUGUACUCUAUCACAGUAAUUGGUGCUGAGGAAAAUCAAGUGGCUGAACCUAAGCCAACUGAAGAGCUUCCUAAAAUGAAAGUUCCCUCAGUUUUUGAGAUGGAAGAAAAGCCACCGCAGUGUGGCUAUUUAAACUGUGAAACAAUCAUGGGCGAAGCAAUGGCUAAAACACUCAAAGAAGAAGAGUUGGAUGUAGACUCUGUCUUUGUGGGCUAUAUCGAGCAUGUCCAGAAUCCAAACAUCUUCUGGAUCAGAUCACAAAAACUCAAUGAUGAGUUUGAAGAAAUGAUGACAAAAAUGGCAGAUAACUACAGUCAAGUGAAGCUGGAUGAAGACGUGCUGUUGAAUCCUGAGCCUGGGACACUGUGCUGUGCAGUUUAUGAAGAAGACAUGCAUUUCUACAGGUGUGUAGUGGCGGAGUCCCUUGAGCAUGGAUCUGAAGUACUUUUUAUCGAUUUUGGAAACAUUGAGAAAGUGCCCCGCAUGAUGAUCAAGAAGAUACCUGAGACAUUGGCCAAAAAAGCUGCGUUUGCCUUCUGUUGUACUCUUGUUAAUGUUUUUCCUAUGGAUGAAUUCUGGACUACCGCCAAAACAGACUUUUUUAGACGAGCUGUGUCAAACAAGGCCCUGCUAGUCCACAUUGUCCAAAAGGGAAAAAACAAAUGUGUGGUUGAUCUCUCUGUCGUGGGAGAUGACAACAAUCAAAGUAUCACUGAGCUCCUGAUCUCUUCCAAACAAGCUCAAUACUGGAACAACAUUGACCUAGAGCCUGGGGUGAAAAACAAUACAACUUUCACGGAAAAAACAAGUGGUCCCAAGCAUCGUGUGACUCCAGACAUCACUGGGAAUUCAGAGCAAUUGAGGGACUGUGCAGAGGAAGAGAAGACCUACAAAAAUCCAACUGAGAAGGUGCAAGCCCCUGCUUUAUUCAAAGCCAUAAGCAUUAAGCCUGGGUAUAUCUUUGCUGUGUGUUGCACUUGCAUCAAGUCUCCAUCAGAUUUCUGGUGCCAGCGGCAAGAUAAGGUUCCAGCUUUGGAGGAACUGAUGGAUAAAGUGAAUCGAUAUUACUCAACCCACACAGUUCCCCUCCAAUCAGGGGAUUCUUGUUGUAUUGCCAAGUCACCUCUCGACGGAAGAUGGUACAGAGCCUUCAUCAUACAGAAACAUAAUGGCCAUGCCACAGUGAUGUUGGUUGACUACGGCUUGACCAUCCGCAUCAAGGAGCACAGUCUUCAGGCAAUAAAGCCAGAAUUCGUUCAUUUGGAAGGACAAGCUUUCAGAUGCAGCCUUAGCACCCCGAUCAAACCUACUGGCCCCGAUGAAAUUGGGAAUUGCGGUCCGGAGUGCAAGUUGAUGAGCGAUUUUGUCCUUGACACCCCCAUCGGUCUAAGAUGUCAAGUUGUUUCCCAGUUCAAUGUGAAGAACAAAGGACUGUGCAGUGUUGUUCAACUCUACAACAUCCAAACUCAUAAGACCUUAACUAAUCUGGGGGAUCUGGGCCUGCCAAAAGAAGCAGUAUUGUCAACAAAGCAACAGUCCAUAGUGUUUCCGGAGACUUUCGUCUACUCUUCAUAUGAUAUAAGUCCUGGAAAUGAAGAACAAGUCCACGUCACUCAUGUAGGCAGUCAGUGGGAAGUCUACUGCCAACUUGACAGAAACACUGAUAUCGUCAAUGAACUUGAAAAUAACAUUUCAACAGAGAGUGAGAAAAUUAUGCAAGCCAGUACGACAGCAGUGACAAAGCUGUGCCUGGCAAAAUACUUGGAUGGCAAAUGGUACAGGGGCUUGAUACAACCUGUUCAGUCACCUCUGCAUCUCAACGUGUUUUUUGUAGAUUAUGGAAAUGCAACCGUAUCUGAGAAAACCAAUGUCAUGUGUAUCCCCAGAGACUCUAUGGAUGUGUUGUGCACACCCAUGCAGGCUUUGAAAUGCCACCUUGCUUCUGUGUCCAAGGAACCGCUCUAUGCAGAUGUCAAAGAUUGGCUUGAGGGUGCAAUCCUCAACAAGCAAGUAAGAGCCGUCGUAAAUGGAAAGUACAAAGAUGGCUCUUUGGUUGUUGAACUUUUUGAUGGAGAUGUUAACAUCAAUGAGAAGGUUAGAGAGCUGAUUCUUAGUCAUUCACAGACGCCAAAGACUGUUGUGACUUUUGACGUGAGCAGCAGAAAGAAAAACCACAAAACUCAUCAAAGACCCAACACCAAGGAUUCAAUAAAGUGCAAGAAAGCAUCUUCAGAUUCUUCCUGCAAGUUGGAUGCUUACAGAAGUACUCAAGCUAGAAUGGUUCCCUGCAAAAAUAAAGAGAACCUGGUAAAAAUAGUUCAUGGAAAAACUCGGAACACAAACGCAAGGGUUGAAAAACAAGGAGAGUGCACCUAUACAAACACAAACUCAAAUCAACCACAAAUUACAGAAAAAUCGGAGAUCCCUAGAUGCUCGCGUUUACAAAACAGAAGUGUGAGCGCAGGUUUCAGGGUGAAGUGUUUUGUCUCCCACAUCGACUCAGUCAGCAGUUUUUACCUUCAACUGUCGGAGGAUGAACCUUCCAUCUUGAAAAUGGGUGAAGAUCUCAACUUGAGUAGUUUCAGAGAAACCUUGAAGACUACCACCUCUUUGAGAGUCAAUGACAUCGUUCUGGCUGAGUUUGAGGAAGACGGCUCUCUGUAUCGCUCUGCUGUGACGGACUGUGAUGGAAAUUCCUGUAUCAAAGUUGAGUUUGUGGACUAUGGAAACUCUGCAGUCAUCGAGAAGGAGAAGACCUACUCCGUACCAAAGGAGUAUCUCUCUCAGCCAAGAUUCAGCAUAUCAUGCUCCUUGAUGGACACAAGCAUGUACCAAAAUGAUGCUUCUUUCACUGAUGCUGUAAUGGAAAAGCCUCUCAUGGUUGAAUUUGUCUCCCAUCAAGAGUCCCAUUGGGUAGUCAAGUUUCAAAUUAUUGAUGAAGCUGCUGGUCUUCCAACGGCACUUGAAGCAGAUGUUGAAAGUACCUCUGAAACCAAAAAGGAAGAGGCGUUUCAUGCAGAUUCAUCUAAAAAAGAAGAGAAAGCGAGAUCCUCUGAGCAGAACUACAUGAGACAAGAAGUGAGUGAGAAUCAAACAACUCAAUCUGAAAGAGCUUCUCUUGAUGGUGAAAACCAAACACUGGAACCGACUGUCAAAGCGGAUAAAAUCAUGCCUCCACCUCUUCAAGUUAGAGACACAAAGAGUGGUAGAGUUGUGUCAGUCCUGAGCAAUGGCAAUUUUUACAUCCAACUAAAUGACACCAGGGAACUGCUUGCUCUAAUGGAAAAUUGUAUUUCUGAAAACCCAUCCAUGUGCAAGAUCUUGGCUGAAGAGGAUGUCAAACAAGACCUCAAGUGCUUGGUCCAGGUAGACCAUGGCAAAAAGUGGCAAAGGGCUGUUGUUCAAGUUGUAGACGAGGGAAAAUGCCAGGUCCUCCUCGUGGAUCAUGGAAUAACACAAGAAGUUCAAAGUUGCUCAAUCCGACAACAGUGUAGUAUGCUGACACAAAUCCAGAACUUUGCAUUAUUGUGCAAGAUGAACUGCCUUGGGUUCAGUGAGGCAGAAGAUGCUCAUGAAUUUUGGUGUGAAACUCUCAAACCAAUGAUUGGCAAAGAAGUCAAACUUGUCUUUGUGUCUCGAUCAGAAGCUAAUCAACUGUGGAAGGUUGAAAUAGUCAUGAAUGGACUGUUCCUCUAUAGUCAUUCACUGCAGCAGAAUAAAGAGACGGUCUCUUCACCAGCUGACAUUAAAGAAGAAGGAGAAUCCAACUUGGACACAAACCCGCCUAGGCAGCUUGUCUUUGCUUCUAUUGAUUUAUAUAAAGAGUAUUCAGGCUUUGCUUCUCAAGUGACGACUCCCAUGGAGUUUUGCGUUGUUCCGGACGACCUGCUUCUCGUCACAAACCAAGUUUCCAUAAUGUUGGAGGACCUCCCUGAGCCGAUGUCUUCUCUUCCUGAAGCCCAUAUCGUCCGUGGGACCUGCUGCCUGUUUAAAUCAGACACCAAGGACAAGUGGUGCAGAGCUGAAAUCGUAAACAUUGACACCACAGCGGUCCUGUACCUUGUCGAUUACGGCCAUUACGAAUGCAUCCCGUACGAAGAAUGCUCCCAGCUGAAGAGGCUUCCUGAGGAGCUAACAAACUCCCCAAAAGUAACGUUCCCCUGUAUCCUGCAAGGGGUGAAGCCAGUAGGUGAGGAUAGUGGCCAGUGGAGCGAUGAAGCUGCGGUCUUCUUCCAGCAGUGUUUUUACCAGAAGAGCCUCCAGAUGUUCUUCAGAGAGUUUGUGUCGAACACACACUGGAAGGUGGACAUUCUGGCAGAUGGCGUCCAUGUGGCCAAGGAGCUGGUGGAUGCUGGAUAUGCCGAAUAUACCGACCACAUACUGAGAAAGACAUUCAGGCUCCAGGAACAGAUUUCUCGUUGCCCCGAGAGUGAUGAAGAGUUCGGUCUGGAAGAUGAAGGCUCCGACGAUCAGUCAGAUCUCUUGGUUGACUCUACUGAUGAAUCAGAGCCGGAGUUGCCACUGGUUCUCGUGUCUACAUCACAGAGAUGUUUUCUGUCGUGGUGGAAGCAACUCAACAGCGAUUCCCAAUCACUCUGAUUUAUCAAAGUGAGAUGCUGAUUGUUGGAUAUUUUAGCUAAAUAUUGAAUCCCAGCUCUUUGCCUUGAGAUUGUAUUAUGUUAACUUAUUUUUAUUUUUAUUCAUAUUUUAUACAUUCUUUUGUUAACGAAUACCUCAGUUAGAUUAUGUCGGCUGCGCUAUGUUACUUUAAAGCGGAAGCAAUCUGAGUUGGUAAACUGUUUUAUUAUUUAAAUGAGGAGUUAUCCUCAUACAGGGUUUAUACAUUAAUAAUGUUAUUGAGCGUUUAGAUGUGUUCAUUUGUGUUUCUACGUUAAACUGUUAAGUGCUUUAUGUCCACGAAAGAUGAAGUAGGGCAGUAAAAACUGCAGUGUUUUACAUUACGGCUUUUGUGUUGAUCUAAAUAAAAAAAGCUACUUUGAACCUUG